AUGGUCGAAAUCACUAUUCGUAAACGUCCACGUACGGAGGCGGUGGUAACGCAACGGAAGUUCUUCAAGAAAACUGCGAGGGGGAAGGUCAUCAAAGUGUUACGCGAACGAUACCUGCGUGAUGAUGUUGCUUGUGGAAUCCAUAGCUGCGGCAUUUGCACCAGUGACAAGGACGUCGUUCUCCCCUCCUCUGGGUCGUUGGGUCACCCGUCGUUCCCGGACGGUCAUUUCAUUAUCCCAGACACGAACAUUUUCCUCGGGCAGAUGGACUUAAUGGAAUCUUCGUCAUUCAACCCCCCAACCAUACUGCUUCAGACCGUAAUGGAAGAAGUCCGACAUCGUUCACUGCCUCUAUACAAUCGUCUGAAGGCCCUUGUCAAGGCUGACGACAAGAAAAUCUGGGUUUUCUACAACGAAUAUCGCUCAGAAACGGCAAUCAUCCGGGAGGAAGGCGAGUCUCCCAACGACCGCAACGAUCGAGGGAUCCGCAAAGCGACGUCGUGGUACAAGAGCCAUCUCGCGCUUGCUCGCCCUGCCGUUCGCGGCCAAUCGGUGCCACCGCUUCCGUCCAUCGUGUUGCUCACCGACGAUGCCGCCAACCGGCAGAAGGCGGAGAAAGAGGGCCUGACGUGCUUAUCAGUGAGGAAGUAUGUUGAGUGCAUGAAGGAGUCUAGCCAGCUUCUAGAUCUGUUGUCGGCAGCGGGUAAUGAUGGCCUAGAUGCCACUGCGGCGGUCGCAGCUCGCAGCGCACUGUACCCGGAGUAUAUGUCAAUGGCUACGCUGCUCGCUGGUGUCAAGUCCGGACAACUUCAUCAAGGGCAUUUUAACGCAAAUCAGUAUAACUAUCUCGAGGGGAGCGUCCCCGUUUCAGGCUUCGACCGCGCGGUCUUGCUUGUCGGGCGGGAGCAUAUGAAUAGGGCUGUACAGGGUGACGUUGUCGCCGUCGAAGUUUUCGACGAAAAAGAGUGGAAGGCCCCUGGUGACGAGGUGGUGGACCAGGAAGCUACGCUUAAAAACGACGACGCAGAAAAUUCCGACGAGGAGCCAGAGGACGAUGAAGUGGUCGCGGAACGCAAGGUUCUCCGGGAAGAAGCGGUCAGACAGGCGGCUUCUAGUAGGCAGCCCACCGGCCGCGUGGUCGGCAUCAUCAAGCGGAAUUGGAGAUCAUACGUCUGUCAUAUCGAUAGCACGUCAUUGACCUCGACGAACACGACGUCACUGUCUCAGCAGACGGUCUUCGCCACCCCAGUUUCCCGCCUUCUUCCACGCAUUCGCCUACGAACCCGCCAAGCCCCCGCGCUUAUUGGUCAGAAGAUUCUAGUCACAAUCGACCGAUGGGAACGUACCUCGCGGUACCCGGAGGGACACUUUGUCCGAGCUCUAGGCAAAGUUCAAAGCAAAGAAGCCGAGCAGGAGAGCUUGUUGCUUGAGUUCGAUGUGCCGUAUAGGCCAUUCGGAAAGGCCAUUCUUGACUGCCUACCCCCAGAAGGCGAUAAAUGGGUUGUGCCGCCGAAGGACGCCACCAACCCAAACUGGCGGGACCGAGAGGACUUGCGAGAUAUGAUCAUCUGCAGCAUUGACCCUCCAGGGUGCCAGGACAUCGACGACGCUCUACACGCGCGCCGUCUGCCGAAUGGAAACAUCGAGGCUGGCGUCCACAUCGCCGAUGUGUCCCACUUUGUUCAUCCGGAUACCCCAAUGGACCACGAAGCGGCGGCACGUGGAACGACCGUUUACCUGGUUGACAAGCGCAUUGACAUGCUCCCCGCUCUACUCGGCACCAAUCUCUGCUCCCUGCGCCCGCAUGUGGAGCGGUUGGCGUUUUCGGUGAUAUGGGAACUGUCACCCGAGGCGGAGAUCGUCAACGUGCGCUUUAUCAAGUCCGUAAUUGCCUCGAAAUCGGCGUUUACGUACGAGGAAGCCCAAAUCCGCAAAGAUGACCCGAAACAGAUGGAUGGGCUCACCGAGAGCAUCCGACUCUUGAAUCAUCUUGCGAAGAAGCUGAAAGAAGGCCGGAUGAAGGCCGGAGCGCUCAACCUCGCAUCACCCGAAGUGAAAAUCCAUCUGGACAGCGCCGAGUCUUCCGACCCCGUCGACGUGGAGCAGAAGGAGCUGCGGGAGACGAACAGCCUGGUCGAGGAGUUCAUGCUUCUCGCGAACAUCAGCGUCGCUGGCAAGAUCCAGGAGACAUUCUCCCAGACCGCCGUGCUCCGACGCCACUUGCCACCCCCACAUAUCAACUUCGAGAAGUUGCAAGACAUUCUCAAGAGGCGAAAGGGACUGGCACUUGAUGUCUCCAGUUCCGGUGCUCUAGCUGCGUCGCUCGACCGUUGCGUGGACCCAGAAGAGCCGGCAUUCAAUACGCUCGUGAGAAUCAUGGCUACCCGGUGCAUGCUGUCGGCGGAGUACUUCUGCUCAGGCAGUGUGGCCCAUGACACGUUUGGCCAUUAUGGCUUGGCAAGUGCCAUCUAUACUCAUUUCACGAGUCCGAUCAGGCGCUAUGCAGAUGUCUUGGCCCACCGCCAGCUGUCUGCGGCAAUCGGGUACACGCCGCUGCACCCCAGCCUUCACUCCAAGUCACACGUCGAACGAGUGCUCGAAGUGGUGAACAAAAGACACCGGAUGGCGCAAAUGGCGAGCCGAGCGAGUGUCGAGUUCUACGUUGGCCUCGCCCUCAAGGCCCGGAGCAGCAAGGGGGUCGUCACUGAAGACGCGUUCGUUAUCCGGACGUUCCGAAAUGGCCUCGGUGUGUUCGUGUCCAAGCUUGGCAUAGAAGGCCUUGUCACGUUCAAGCGCGGGAUCCAAUUCGACGCAGAUAACUACACAAUCACCGUGCCCGGGGAAGGGAAAGAUGUCACGAUCGCGGUGUUCGACAAAGUCAAGGUGGUCGUGGGGGUUGAGCAGGACAAAAACACACAGCGGGGCAAGGUAGUCAUGGCACUAUCGCACCCCAUCGAUUCACGCCGUCUGUGA